AUGACGUACUGCUACAAACAGCGAGAACCCACUUUUGAUCCAUCGAAGUCCACCACAUAUUCAAACAUCAGCUGUAACUCGGCAUCGUGUUCCCAACUCAGUUCCGCCACCGGCAACUCGCCGGGGUGCUCCACCUCCACCUGCAUUUACGGCAUACAGUACGGAGAUUCGUCUUUCUCCGUCGGGUACUUCGGGCAAGAGAAACUCACCUUAACGUCCACCGACGUAUUUGAUAACUUCCAGUUCGGUUGUGGCCAAAACAACCGCGGACUCUUCGGAGGCACCGCCGGUUUGCUCGGGCUAGGCCGUGACCAACUAUCCAUUGUCUCACAAACUGCUAAAACGUAUGGAAAAUACUUCUCAUACUGUCUUCCAUCGAAGACGAGCUCUACCGGACACUUAACAUUCGGGAAAAAUGGAGUUCCGAGCACCGUGAAAUUCACACCACUGUCAGUAAACUCACAAGGCCCAUCAUUUUACUUUAUCGAUAUUACAGGAAUCAGUGUUGGAGGGCGUCAACUAUCCAUCAGUUCGUCGGUGUUCAAGACCGCCGGCACCAUUAUAGACUCUGGAACAGUCAUAACUCGGCUACCUCCAGCGGCUUACAAAGCUUUGAGAACAACUUUCAGGCAACAGAUGACAAAGUACCCAAUGGCACAACCCGUUUCGAUACUCGAUACUUGCUAUGAUUUAAGCAACUACUCCACAGUUACGAUACCAAAGAUAAGCUUCUUCUUUAGUGGCAAUCUGAAGACUGACAUCGACUUGUCGGGGACACUUUAUGUGGUGAGUGCGUCGCAGAUCUGCUUGCCUUUCGCCGGAAACAGUGACGCCGCCGAUGUGGGUAUUUUCGGGAAUGUUCAGCAGAAGACGUUGGACGUGGUUUACGAUGUCGCUGGAGGGAAGCUAGGGUUUGGUCCUGGUCCCAAGAAGAAGUCAUCACUUAAAGUUGUUCACAGACAUGGUCCAUGUUCGCAACUAAAUCAAGAUAAGGCCAAUACUCCAACUCUCACUCAGAUUCUUUCUGAUGAUCAAUCUCGAGUCAACUCAAUUCAUGCCCAACUCACCCUCAACUCGGGCAAAAUUAAUCUCCGACACUCAAAAGCCACUCUCCCAUCACAAUCCGGCAGCGUACUCGGGUCCCCCAACUACAUCGUUACCGUUGGACUGGGGUCCCCAAAGAAAGACUUGUCCCUCAUCUUCGACACUGGUAGUGAUCUCACCUGGACUCAGUGCCAACCAUGUGUAGGGUCCGCCCCCGGCAUCUCACCCGGUUGCUCCACCUCCACCUGCAUUUAUGCCACACAGUACGGCGAUAAGUCAUUCUCCAUCGGGUACUUCGGACAAGAGAAGCUCACCUUAACGUCCAACGACGUGUUUAAUAGCUUCCUAUUCGGUUGUGGCCAAAACAACCGCGGCCUUUUCCGCGGUUCCGCCGGCUUGCUUGGUCUUGGUAGGGGAAAACUAUCCAUUGUAUCACAAACUGCUCAAAAGUAUGGCAAGUACUUCUCCUACUGUCUUCCAUCGUCGUCAAGCUCCACCGGACACUUAACGUUUGGAAAGAAUGGAGUUUCGAGCACCGUGAUAUUCAUACCACUGUCAAUAAACUCACAAGGCACAUCAUUUUACUUCAUUGAUAUUACAGGAAUAAGUGUCGGUGGACGUCAAUUAUCGAUCAGUUCAUCAGUGUUCAAGACCGCUGGAACCAUUAUAGACUCCGGAACAGUCAUAACUCGUCUACCUCCGGCGGCUUACAAAGCCUUGAGAACAACUUUUCGGCGACAGAUGACACAAUACCCAAUGGCACAACCCACUUCGGUACUAGAUACUUGCUAUGACUUGAGCAGUUAUUCAACUGUGACGAUUCCAACGAUAGGCUUCUUCUUCAAUGGCAAUGUAUAUAUUGACAUAGAUGCGUCGGGGAUUCUUGCUGGGUCGAGUGCAUCGCAGUUCUGCUUGGCUUUCGCCGGAAACAGUAAUGCCUCUGAUGUGGGCAUUUUCGGGAAUGUUCAGCAGGGGACGUUGGACGUGGUGUACGAUGUAGCCGGAGGGAAACUAGGGUUUGGCCUAGGUGGGUGUGCUUAA